AUGGCCAUUGCAGAGUCCAACCAGCCCUUCACAUGCAGCCAGCCUCAGCCUGUCGCGCAGGCACUCGGACAGCCGUAUGUGACAAUGCUGGUGCCCGUCAUCGUGAAUGCAUCCGGGCCUCUCAUGCAACCACAGGCAGGCCCCAUGGCCGUUCACAAUCAGGACUACGCUGUCCCCUGGACGGCUCAACCUCCAAGCUCCCCUCAGAUGGGGCCCAUGGCGAAUUUCAACGGCUAUGGCUAUACCCCGUACACCGACGUGGUCGGCGGAGGUGAGCUUGCUCCGGCCAUGGAGGAUGAGGAGGGACGCAGUCAAGUUCGCCGACGCAGGCGCAUGCAGUACGCACGCGCUGCACAGCCAAAGGUACCAGGCAUGAUUCAAAAAUCCGCCUGCGCGGAUGCAGAAGAUGGUGCCGUGCUCUCCAAAGAGCGCUGCGAUGCUCUUCGCCAGCAGUUGCAGUCCAACGACGGGCUGUCCUUGGCCAUGUCUGAGAUCUCUGGAAUGGUUUGGCCAUGGUCUCGUGAUGCAAACGGAUGCCGGGUGGUGCAACUGGCCAUGGAGAAGGCCAGCAAUUGCACCGCGAAGGACUUGGCCGCCGAGCUUCAUGGACAUGUGCGGGAGGCCGCCGUCUCCCCUCAUGCCAACUAUGUGAUCCAGAAGGUCAUCACGCAACUAAGUCCCGCAACUUCCGCAUUCAUUGCGAAAGAGCUCCUGGGCAAUGCCGCUCGAUUCGUCCGGCAUCGUUUCGGUUGCCGAAUCAUCUGCCGGCUCUUGGAGCACUGCUCCUCUCAGGAAGGGACGCGCCGUUUCAUCGAAGAAGUCUUGGAGGAUCCCUCAGAGGCAUUGGACCUUUGCCGUCACAACUUCGGACACCAUGUGGUUCAGUCUAUCUUGGAGCAUGGGGAUGUGAAGUACAAGGCGCAAAUCGCCGAGGUUCUUCUUCAUGAUGUGCUGGCAAACGCUUCUCACCGCAGUGCCAGUCACGUCGUGGAGUCGGCACUUUCACACUGUUCCGACACGGAUCAGCUGGCUUUGCUACAGCGCCUAUCGCAUCCAAGCAUGGUCGCGGAGCUUGCGCAAGUCCGCUACGGCUUCUAUGUUGCAAGGACCGUGCUUCAGCGCCCUGAAGUUGAUGUCGAGCGGCUGGCCCAAAGCAUUCCGGAAGCGAUUGCGCUGCUUUCAUGCAGCGAGCCAGCCUCAAAUUCUAGCUCUGCUGAGCAAGAGUGA